CAAUCGAUCUUACAGCAUAUAAUAAGGUGGUGAUAAAUAGAUUUCGAGCAAAGUUCAUAGUACCAAAAAAUGACUUUACCCUAAAAUUUAAACCGGCCCACAGGUCCAGCCCAUCAAAGUGCUGGGCCCAACCCCCAAUAACCUCCACCAAUCUCUUUCCAAAUCCAAAAGGCCCCACUAUUUUUAAAUUAUUAUUUUUCCUCUUCUCUCUCAUCACAGCUCUUCUUCUCCCCCGUGCACUUCACUGACCGACCACCUCCGCCUCGCCGCCACAUCGCCGCCGCCGCCGCCGCCGCAGGCGAGCUCGCGAAACCCUAGGCCCCUCCCCUCUCCUCCCGCGCCGCCCAGGCGGCGAAUGGACCCGGCCCCCUCGCUCGCGGCGGAGCUCUGGCGGCCGCAUCACCACCGCCACCACUUCGAGGCGUCGUCCGUCGUCACCGACCAGGGGAGCGGAAGCCGCGGCGGAGGAGGAAGCGGGCGCAGGAGGCCGCGGAGCGACGCGGGGCCCGAGGACGACGACUUGUCCAAGGUCGUCUCCACCUCCGCCGCCUCCGGCGGCGGCGGCGGCGGCGGGCAGGACUCGGAUGCUCCAGAAGCAAAACGUUUGAAACCAAUGAAAUCUAGUGAUAAGAAUGAUAGUUUAAGGACAGAAGCUGGAACCGAUUCAGGAAACAGCAGUAAGGCUGCUGAUAAAAAUGCUACACCACCAGAGCCACCAAAACAAGACUACAUUCAUGUGAGGGCAAGAAGAGGUCAAGCAACCGAUAGCCAUAGCCUUGCGGAGCGGGCACGGCGAGAGAAGAUAAGUGAACGGAUGAAAAUUCUUCAAGAUCUUGUCCCUGGAUGCAAUAAGGUCAUUGGGAAAGCAUCAGUCCUUGAUGAAAUAAUAAAUUACAUCCAGUCUUUACAGCAUCAAGUUGAGUUUUUGUCCAUGAAGCUUGAAGCAGUUAAUAGUCACAUGAUUAACGGAAUUGUUGCUUUUCCAUCUAAAGAUUUUGGUGCUCAGCCAUAUAACACAGCUGCUGGUUUGACAUUUGAUCCACAAACAACAAGGGAAUUUGCCCAGGGUUCAACAUCAGAGUGGCUUCACAUGCAGAUUGGAAAUGCAUAUGAAAGAGUGACAUGAAUAAAGCAAGCAAAACCAUAAAACAUAAUUCCUUGUAGUGGCAAUAAAGUGUACUGGGAUCGAUCAAGCCUGUGGUCCUAGGAUUAUUUUUUUUUCUCAACAAUUUCUUCUCAUUAUCAUGUCACCAAGUUAUUUUUUUGUUCCUAAUUUGGUCCAUGAUGCCAUAGAUACAUUCAUCUUGACCUGUUGAUACUCAACGGUCUAUCUGCUUUGCUUGUAUCCCAUGGUCUUUGUAGCUCGGAUUUGAAUAGGGAAAGAAGAGGAUGAAAAAAAAAAACAGUUGUAUUGCAUAGCUUGAGCCUACAGUUGUACUAAGAGCUGCCAUCCUGGCGUGUCGGGGGGGAACAACUUUUAUUUCUUUGCAAGGACUGGCUUGUCGAUUUUUCGGAAUAUGUCCUAUAAUAUGCUUUUGGUUUUA